AUGAGGGACAAGAAAUUCUUGAUGAAUCUACCUUCAGAGAUUAUUGUUGAAAUUUUCUCGAGACUUCCAGCAGUAACAGUUAUGAACUGCAAGAUUGUUUGUAAGAAAUCUCGCUGCCUACUCUCAACUCCUGAGUUUGCAAAGUUGCAUCUUUCCAGAUCAACUCUUUGCCUUGUUUCGUUCCAUUAUGAUUUGCAUGGACGCAGAGAAUUGUGCAGACUUUUCGAAUUCAACGAUGAGAUUGAUCAUCAUGAUGUAUACUACAAUCCAGUAAUCAAAUUUGAGCCCUCAGUAUUGCAUGACGUUUCGGGUCCUCCAACGCUAGUAGGUUCCGUUAAUGGCUUUGUUUGCUUCCGCAAUUUUGAUCUUAUAAAAGAUCAGCUAUAUGUAUGUAACCCCAUUACGCGGGAGUAUGUUAUCCUUCCGGUACUCGAAUGGUCUGCUGUAUAUUCUACUCCUGUUGCAUCCGGGUUUGGAGUAAGUACCAUUAGUGAUCAAUACAAAGUUGUUAAAUUUCUUCACAAGCAUGAAUUUUAUACCACCAUAGGUGCUCGCUCAAAAAUUACGAAGUCUGAGUGUUCUGUUUACACCAUUGGAACAGAUUCAUGGAGAAACAUUGGGGGUGUCCCAAUUGCAUGUGAAUAUGUUUAUAGUGAUGUUGGUACAUUUUUCAAUGGAAGUCUUCAUUGGAUGAUAAAAGAGUUAGAGGGCUCCAAGUUGAUUUCUUGUUUUAAUCUCGAGGAGGAGUCAUUUCAGUCAUUCCCCACUCCUUUCCAUGUUGAAGAAAAUAAAAAAACUUCCUAUGAUCUUGGAGUUAUUUCGGGUUGUCUAUGUUUAAGUGACAAUAAUUCAGACUUUGAUUUUGUCAUCUGGGUGAUGAAAGACUACGGAGUUGAGAAAUCAUGGGCCAAACCCCAACUGGAGCAUGUUCGUGCUUUAAACAUUUUUAAAGAUGGUGAUAUAUUGUUAGAAGGAAAGUACUUGUUUUCCUACAGUACUCAGAGAAAAUCUGUUCGAAAGGUUGACAUUAUAGAUCGUACUUAUUACUUUAUUCGGUCAAUGCUUCACAUCUCGAGCUUUCUUUCCCUUAAAGAUUUGUACUCGAGAAUGUAA